CAUUUAGUGACACUGACAAGUGACACUCGUUUUCAGGAUUUCUGUCUGGGAUUAGGGAUUCUGCUUGGCGAUUUUGUGGAUAUUGGAUUUAUUUAAUGAUAGGAUCUUUUGAUUUCAAGAAAUUAAGAUGAAGACGGCUUUGAUGGUGGCUGAAAAGCCAUCGUUGGCUCAAAAUGUCGCUAAUUUACUCAGCAAUGGCAAAUGCAGCACCACUAAAGCAUCCAACAAUGCUUGUAACAUCCACGAAUGGAAUGGAACAUAAAAUGAGCCUGUUCGUUUCAAAAUGACUUCCGUAUGUGGUCACGUCAUGAGCUUGGAUUUUACCGGCAAAUACAACAACUGGGACAAAGUGGAUCCUGUGGAGUUGUUCAGCUGUCCGACGGAGAAGAAAGAGGCUAUGCCCCGGCUGAGGAUACCUGCGUUGUUGGCACAGGAGUCAAAGUCUUGUGACUACCUGAUUUUGUGGCUGGAUUGUGAUAAAGAGGGAGAGAACAUUUGUUUUGAAGUAAUGAACUGUGUACAACAGUACAUGAAAGGUGACAUAUUUUCACCCCUGGUCACAUAUCGUGCCAAAUUCUCUGCAAUUACGGAGAAAGAUAUUAAAGCUGCUAUGUUGAACCUCGGUCGUCCAAAUGAGAAUGAGUCUCGCAGUGUUGACGCCAGGCAGGAACUUGACUUACGUAUUGGUUGUGCAUUUACACGGUUCCAGACUAAGUACUUUCAAGGUAGAUACGGUGACUUAGAUGCCUCACUCAUUUCCUAUGGGCCUUGCCAAACUCCUACUCUAGGAUUCUGUGUCCAGCGUCAUGACGAAAUCCAGACGUUUAAGCCUGAGACCUAUUGGGUAUUACGAGUGACUGCCAGUACUUCAGAGGGCAGAGAAUUACCCCUUGAGUGGAAGAGAGUGAGGAGUUUUGAAAAGGACAUUGCUAAUAUGUUCCUGGCUGGAAUUAAAGAAAUCAAAGAGGCUGUAGUGGUCAACAUCCAAGCUAAAGAAAUGAAGCCGCGUCCCGUCGCCCUGAACACUGUGGAAUUGAUGAGAGUUGCCAGUGCAGGCCUAGGCAUGGGACCACACCAUGCCAUGCAGGUGGCCGAGAGAUUGUACACACAGGGUUAUAUUUCCUAUCCGCGUACUGAAACUACCAGCUAUCCUGAAAAUUACGAUUUGAUGGGCACUCUACGUCAGCAACAGAACUCCAACAAAUGGGGCGCUGAGGUUCGUGCGAUCAUUGCCAAUGGCAUCAACCGGCCGAAGAAAGGCCACGACGCUGGUGACCAUCCUCCUAUCACACCUAUGCGACCAGCUGUGGAAUCAGACUUAGAGGGCGACGCAUGGCGUAUCUACGACUACGUGACUCGUCACUUCAUAGCGACUCUGUCUCGGGACUGCAAGUACCUGUCUACUGCCAUCACCUUCCAAAUAGGAUCGGAGACUUUCAAGUAUACUGGGAAUACUCUGGUCGAUGCUGGGUACACGGAGAUUAUGCAUUGGCAGGCAUUCGGCAAAGAUGAGUUCGUGCCGCUACUGAAUGUUGACGAUGUACUGCGAGCUCACGACCAUAGACUUGUAGAGUGUCAAACGUCACCGCCAGACUAUCUCACUGAGUCGGAGGUUAUCACCCUCAUGGAGAAACACGGCAUUGGUACCGAUGCUUCAAUCCCAGUUCAUAUAAACAACAUAUGCCAACGUAACUAUGUGACCGUCGGCAGCGGCCGGCGACUCGUGCCCACUAACCUCGGCAUCGUGUUAGUGCACGGCUAUCAGAAGAUUGAUCCGGAACUAGUACUACCAACUAUGCGGUCAGCUUUGGAGGAGCAGUUGAAUCUCAUCGCGAUCGGUCGAGCCGACUUCCACGCCGUACUAACUCAUACUACCGAGAUAUUCCGUAGAAAGUUCCAGUACUUUGUGCGGUCUAUCGAAGCUAUGGACCAAUUGUUUGAAGUGAAUUUCUCCUCGUUGAAGACUAGUGGUAAGGCGUUGUCCAGGUGCGGGAAGUGUAGGCGGUAUAUGAGAUAUAUUCAGGCAAAACCGGCCCGUCUUCAUUGUUCCCACUGCGAUGACACAUACGGACUGCCUCAGAACGGCACGGUCCGCAUAUACCGCGAGCUCAAGUGUCCGCUCGAUGACUUCGAGCUGCUCUCCUGGUCGUCCGGCAAUAAGGGCAAGAGCUUCCCUCUGUGUCCUUACUGCUACAACCAUCCUCCUUUCAGGGACAUGAAGAAAGGUUUCGGGUGCAACUCGUGCACUCCCACGUGUCCGUACGGGGUCAACUACGGGGUCUCGGGGUGUGUCGAGUGCGAGUCCGGGGUCUUAGUACUAGACCCCUCCGCGCCCAAGUGGAAGCUUGCAUGCAACCGGUGUGACGUAAUAAUAAACGUGUUCGAGGACGCGACGCGCGUGACGGUGUGUGACACCGCCUGCAGUGCCUGCGGAGCCCAGCAGGUCACCGUCGAGUACCGCGCCGAGCGGACCCGCCUGCCCGCCGCCAUCACCGAGAUGACCGCCUGUCUGUACUGCGAGCCCACCUUCAGCGCACUGGUACGUAGUGCGGCACACAGCAGGUCACCGUCGAGUACCGCGCCGAGCGGACCCGCCUGCCCGCCGCCAUCACCGAGAUGACCGCCUGUCUGUACUGCGAGCCCACCUUCAGCGCACUGGUAGAGAAGCACCGCGCGGUGGCGUCGCGCGCGGCGGUGUCGCGCGGGCGCGGCGGCCGCGCGCGCGGGAACAAGCACAAGAACAAGCAGCCCAAGGACAAGAUGGCGCAGCUCGCCGCUUACUUCGUAUAACUGUACGU